ACACUUUUGAAAUGGUAAAAUGUAUUCUUUCAUUAGAGACACUGCAGACAGUAACGUCCAACACUGGACUUCCCCUUCUCAACAACACGUUAUUAUUAGCUGUAGAAAUGCAAAAAACGACUAAUCCGAAGCUGAAGUCCAGUGUAGAGGAUCCCAGAGGACCAGACGCCCCCCUAACAGCCCUCAUACAGGACUGCAGCAGGACUUCAAACAUCUGGUCAGGAUGAAGAGGAAUCCACAGGAAGAAAUUGAGGAAAUGGAAGAAGAAGAUAACUAUGUUAAUGCUCCAGCCUGGACUGUGGAUGAAGUGGCAGCCCCACCAGACCAGAGGUCUCUCUUCUUCUCUCGGUCUUCUCCACUGAUAGCAGUGUGUUGGCUGAUACUGUUAGUCAUCAUGGGCCUUCGGAUCUACUUUGGUAUUGUCUUAGAAAGCAAGAUCACAAACCUGACAACACAAAACCAGCAGCUGGAGACACAAAACCAGCAGCUGGAGACCCAGAGGAACAACUUAACAAAACAAAUACAAGACCUGGAGACAAACUGGAAUAAACUCAACGUCAGUCGAGCUCAGUGGAGCAUUGAUGCCUACUGCCCCAAAGAUAAAGAGAGACAGUGUACAGCUUGUCAGAAGGGCUGGGGACUCAGAGACUCUAACUGCUAUGCGUAUUUUGACGCUGCUCCUCCUAAUCGGAAAACCUGGGAAGAAGCUCGACAAGACUGCAGAGGAAGGAGUUCAGAUUUGGUUGUUGUACAAAGUCAAACGGAUCAGGAUCAUGGAGACCCUACGAGCUGCUUGGACAUGUCCCCGUAG